CUUGUUGAUCGUUUGUCGCUUUUAGGCUUUCGUCGAGUCUGUUGUUGUGUCAUACAAAAACAAACCCAGUGCAAUAAACAAAUAGGAACAUGGUCUAUGAUUUUAUUUCAUUCAUGGGACGUGGGCAUCACUGACUGGGUCAGCAUUUAUUGCCCAUCCCUUACAAAGGUGGUGGUGAACUACGUCCUUGAACGGCUGCAGUCACUUCGUAGUUGGUACAUCCAUAGUGCUGCUUGCGAGUGAAGUCUAGGGAUUCAGCGACACUGAAGAAACCAGAGACCGAUUUCUAAAUUAAGGAAAUGUUCAGGAGGUUGGAAGAUUGCUAGGCAGUAAAAAUGUGCGUGUCAACUGCUUAGAUCAGAGCUCCUUGAUGCCACACUCUGUCAAAGAUGGUCUUGAUGUCUAAGAGUUUGAGAAGCAUGGAAUGACUCCUUUAAUGCAUGCUGCAUAUAAAGGCAAGGCUGAAAUGUGCAAGCUGCUGUUGCAACAUGGUGCAGAUGUGAAUUGCAAUGAACAUGAGCAUGGAUAUACAGCCCUUAUGUUUGCUGGACUUUCAGGCAGUAAAGAGAUAACCAGGAUGAUUUUGGAAGCUGGAGCUGAAGUAGAUGUUGUGAAUUCUGUAGGUCGAACAGCAGCACAGAUGGCUGCCUUUGUUGGCCAGCAUGACUGUGUAACUAUCAUCAACAAUUUCUUUUCACGUGAAAGAUUGGAUUGCUACACAAAACCACAAGGCCUUGACAAAGAACCGAAACUUCCAGUCAAAUUAGCAGGGCCCCUGCACAAGAUCAUCAUAACAACAAACCUUCACCCAGUUGCGAUUGUGCUCAUGCUUAAGGAAAAUCCUUUACUGGCAGAUGUUGAGGCAUUGCACAAGUGCUAUAAAGUGCUGGAUCUUAUCAUUGACAAGUGUAUGAAACAGAGGGAAAUCAAUGAAGUGCUGGCAAUGAAGAUGCACUACCUCAGCUACAUCUUCCAGAAGUGUAUCAAUUUCUUAAAGGAGCAUGAAAAUAAACUUGACGGGCUUGUUAAAAGCUUAUUAAAAGGACGUGAUACAGAUGGUUUUCCGUAUUACCAAGAAAAAUUUAUAAGAGAAUGCAUCCGAAAGUUCCCAUGGUGCGAAGCUACACUUUUGCAGCAGCUUGUCAGAACUAUUGCUCCUGUUGAAAUAGGCAAUGAUCCAACAGCUUUAUCUGUAUUGACCCAGACCAUCACUGGCCAAGUUGGCUUCAUGGAUGCUGAAUUUUGUACUGCUUGUGGGGAAAAAGGGGCUGAUAAAAGGUGCUCAAUCUGUAAAACGGUGAUCUAUUGCAACCAAAACUGUCAGAAGAUGCACUGGUUCACUCAUAAAAAGGUGUGUAGAAAACUAAAAGAGUCAAGAGAGAAACAUGAAGCCAAAGAAAAAUCAAAGCAGAAAGAAGGAAAACCAAACACUACUGAAACCAGUAUAAGUGAAGCUAAAAUUGUCCCAGAACCUACAGAGUAUUCUAAUACCAUACAGCCAACCUCCAAAGAUGGUUCAGAUGCUGGGGCUAUUGGUACAAAGAUGAUAACGGAAGCUGAAACUCCACGGGAGGAUCUCACCACAGAAAAACAGUCCAAUCCUCCUGCUCCGACAUGCACAGUUGAAGAAUAAAGUAGAUGUAAUAUAGUUCUGAUGCUCCUCUAGUUUUUAAAGAGUGUAUGAACCAUAAUCCAGCUUACAUCAAGCAACAAAGUUGUUGCUCCUGUCAUGUAGUGAAAUCGGAAGGAUUGCAUUCUGUUUAUUGUGCACUAAGUAAUUUCUUGCUUUGACUAUGCCUCCUCGCCUGCACCAAAGUAACACGGGGAGGAAGCAAAGCAACCAUCAGAAACAGGAAUAGGCUGUUUGAUCCCUCAAGGCUGCUCUUCCAUUCAUUGCUGAUCGAACACUCAUGUCCACUUCCCUAUGUUUCUCUGUAACCCUUUAUUCCCCUGCAAAUCAACAGUCUGUUUCUGUCAGCCAUAAUAUACACAAGGAAACUAUUAAGAGUUCAGUAGGAUUUGUCUUACUCUCUGCUUAAUCUGCUAAUUGCAACUAGAAAAGGUGGGCCAUUCCCUGCUAAAAGAUAUCUAAAUGGUUGGACCAUAAAAUUCAAUAGAUCAACCGACAUAUAUUUGCCAAAAUAAUUCAAAAUAUACACCUUAAGACUUGGGGAAAAUAAUGAGGUAUGAUUUGCUUUACUAUGAUUAUACAGAUAAGAUCAAACCACCUCCCCCUUAAAAACAUUUAACAUUCCCAGGAAUGCCAGUCUGAGGAAAAAUAAUAGUUAAGUAGCUUUGCUCUAUUGUGAAUAUUGUUUGCAUUAGAUUGUAUUUUUGUGAAAAAGAACCUUUUUUUUUUCAUUUCUAAUGUAUACUUAACAUCAACACAGAUUUUGGGACUAAGUUCAAAUGGAUGCAAACACAUGUUAACAGUAAAUUUGAUUGUUAUUUGCUCUUUCGUACUAACAUUCCACCCUUCCCUCCUCCCCACCAAUUAAGCCCAAAAAUAAAACUACCACCUUAACUGAUAAAUCACCUAUGGUUGUAUUAAGGAUAUAAACUUGUUUUCUACCCACGGUAAAUCACCUCCGUCCAAAGCCUCAGCUAGAAAUUGUGUUUCUGCAAUAAUUGAGUCACAUAUUUAGUAUGACCAAAUUAAAUAUGUUUAUCCAUAGACCACACCAUUAUUAUUAAAUUAACUAUAACUGGAACAAUUAAGUUUCCAAAAAAUGACAAAAUCGAUCAACGUUUGCUAAGAGCAUGGUAUAAUUUCACAUCCACCAGGAUAAGUGAUGUAGGGAUAUAUUGUUCAAACUUACUUUUCCACUGCAGGAGGAUGUUGACUCCAAACAAGAAAAUAGAUUGCUUAAUUUUUAAAAAGAAGUAUCAUUUACUUGAGAUGAACACCUCCAAAAGUUCUCUUUGGCCUUACCUUGAACUGAAGCAUGACAAAACUGUCCAAAAAUAUAUAAGUUUCAAUUACUUCCUUGUAGAUAAUACCCAAAUAAAAGUAAUACUUUGUUAAUGUUUUCCUGAUCGCACUGUGACAUUCGAGGACCAGGUAAACAGAAGUGGUGUAAUGCAGAAGUUAUUUUUUGGCCAUAUAAUUUACCACAUAUUAUGGUUUUAUUUCUAUGUUUGGCAUUUUCAAAAUAAUCUUUGCUGCAUUAACUCCAGAAUUAUAAAUACCACAUCAGGGUAGAUUGCCUCUGACUGUCCUGUUGCUUGACGAAUUUUAAAUAUACUGUGAUUGGAUUUAAAAUGUAUCCUAAACUCUACCUGAAUAUUUACUUAUUGUUAACACCACACUAGUGCUUCUUGCAAGAAAGGCAAAUUGAAUGUACUGUAUUUGUGAUUUAGCCUUCCAAACAUGUACUGGUGGUGUGAUUUGUACAUUUUGUGUUUCAAUUUAGGAUAGCUUGCAAAAGUCUGUGCUCUUGGUUUAUUUCAACAUCUGUAAUACGUGUCAUUUUAAAAUUUCUUUUGCAACUGUGUGUCGAAACAUAUUAGUGUUAUUUUCAUGGGAGAUAGUCAAACAAGAUGAGAAACCUAAUGAUGUUGCAAUUUUUUGGGUGGAUUUUUUUUGCAAUUUGACUGCCUAUCUUGAAUUUUAAACUUUACAGCCUUUUUAUAGUUCAGGUUUCUCCUAAAAUGUAUUAAUUUGUUUCAGUUGACCAUAGUUUUGUGCACUAAGUUUCAAUUGUAUCAGUACUAGAAAAUGCCACGACUUGAGAAUGAAUAAAUGUGUUUCCUUUUCUAAAAAAUAGAAGUUUUGAUGUAAAUCAUAUUUACUGCCUUUUUGGUGACAUUGUAGUUGUUGAAAAUAUUGGCAUUUUUGUUGGAUAAGUAGCAAACAGAUUCCAAUUAAAGCCUGGAAUCUUACAGUAUUGCAAUAUGUCCUGUCUGUGUAGGCUGUUUGAAAAAUAUACAGUUGGUUCCAUUUGCUUAUCCUUUCUUUAUAGCCCUGCAAAUCUUUCUCCUUUUUAAGUUUUUUUUGCAGUUCUCUUUUUGAAAAUUA